AUGAGCAGACAAAAAUCGACAACAACUGUUAUCAGUGGUGCAGCAGCGAUGCCUAGCGCCACCACUAUUACCAACGCGAACAAUCGUGCUGCUGUUGUGUUGUCUCGACCUAUGCGUCGGGUUCUUCAAAAUUUCCGGCUUCUAUGGCUUGAUGCCAACUUGGAUGAAUUCAAGGAUGAUUUCAGGAAAUCGUUUCGACGUCUGCGACGUGUUGUAGCAAGCAUCGAAACAUUUGCCGAUGCUCAAGAAUGCAUUGAUUUUCUCAGUGCCAUUAAAAAUGAAAAGGUAUUUAUGAUCAUAUCUGGUUCACUGGGACGGCAAAUAAUAGCAGAUAUUGAAGCAUGGCCACAACUGGAGUCAGUCUAUGUAUUCUGUCGCAACCAAGCAGCUCAUGAACAAUGGGCCAAUAAAGUACCAAAGAUCAAAGGCGUAUACACAAAAAUCAAGCCGAUAUGUAAGGCGUUGCAAAUCGAUCGAGAAAAUUGUGAUCGAACUAUGAUCUCGAUCAGUUUUAAUCGUAUUGAUCCGUUAUUUAUGUAUACACAAUUGCUAAAAGUAGCACUCUUGGAGAUCGAAGAUGAUGAUGUCAAAUCGAUUAAAGAACUUGUUGAAUACUGUCGUCUUCAAAGCGAUGCUUCCGAAAAAACACUUGAAAAGAUUGAAGAAGAAUAUCGUAAUCAUUCACCCAUUUGGUGGUACACAGGUCCAUAUUUUAUCUACUCAAUGCUUAAUUGUGGUCUUCGACAAAUGGAUGUUGACAUCAUCCUUAAAAUGGGCUUUUUCAUCCGACAUCUACAUCAGCAUAUUACCGAACUACAUUGUGAACAAAAAGGCAGCAUGCCAGCAAAAUUUCAAGUCUUCCGUGGACAAGGUUUGUCCAUGGAAGAUUUUGAAAAAUUGAAAAAAACCAAAGGAGGACUUAUGUCCUUCAAUAAUUUUCUCUCGACAAGUCGCAAUCGCGAGAUAUCUUUCAACAACUUUGCACGACCAGCAGCAUUAAAUACAAAUUCAAUUGGUAUUCUCUUCGUUAUGAACAUUGACACGGCUAUUUGUACAAAAACAUCAACACCAUUUGCUGAAGUAAGCAAAGUAGGCUACUACAAAGAUAAAGAGGAAGAAAUAGUUUUUACAACACAUACAAUUUUUCGUAUCUAUCGCAUCGAAAGAAUUGAAGACAAGAAUGCUGAUCGCUUAUGGCAAGUUAAUCUCACUCUUGUGGGUAAUCAAGACGAUGACUUUAACAGACUUACAGCACACAUACGCGAAGAUGUCAACUCGAAAGCACCAAAACGAGGAUGGUCACAACUAGCUUUCAUACUUCUCAAACUUGGCGAGCCUGCAAAAGCUGAGAAGCUCUACAAGAUACUUCUCCCACAGGCAACUUCUGAUACGGCUCGAGCAGAUUACAACCAUAAACUUGGUUGGGCGUAUUAUGACAUGGGCGAGUACUCGAAAGCACUUUCAUCGUACGAACGAUCACUUGAAAUUUGUAAAAUAGCUCUCCCUCCGAAUCAUCCCGACUUGGCUACUUCUUACAACAACAUCGGUUCGGUAUAUUAUAGCAUGGGCGAGUACUCGAAAGCACUUUCAUCGUAUGAACGAUCACUGGAAAUCCGUAAAAUAGCUCUCCCUCCGAAUCAUCCCGACUUGGCUACUUCUUACAAUAACAUCGGUUCGGUAUAUUAUAGCAUGGGCGAGUACUCGAAAGCACUUUCAUCGUAUGAGCGAUCACUUGAAAUUCGUAAAAUAGUUCUCCCUCCGAAUCAUCCCGACUUGGCUACUUCUUACAACAACAUCG